CGGAUUUAGAAGGCGAUUGGGCCGGAUCCGGCCCCCGGGCCUUAGUUUGCUUACCCAUGCGAUAGAGGAACCGAUGUGAUCUCUGCUUACCCGCCACAGGGCUUUAAAGGCCACGGUGGAGCUCGCACAAACCAAUCGUGCAUCAAAUCAGGAAGCAGAACUCUGAGAAAUUUAUAAAGUGCCCUGACCACAUUGCUCUUCUGACGCCCACGCGCAGUGAGAGAGUCGCAGACUUUGCAAACCUCCGCCUUGGGGUGGCAGGGGUGGCGUGGGGAUUCACUGAACAAUGGAUGCCCAGGAAAGAGCUGCCCUAGACAUUUCUACCCGAAACCCCCAAGAGGACUUCGAACUUCUGCUGAGAGUUGGCGGAGGAACCUAUGGAGAAGUCUAUAAGGCAAGGAACAAGGAGACGGGGAAACUGGCUGCUAUCAAAAUCGUAAAGAUGGAAGCAGAUGAUGACUGUGCCACUAUCCAGCAAGAGAUUCUGAUGGUGAAGACCUGCAGCCAUCACAACAUCGUAGCCUAUUAUGGGAGCUACAUUCGGUUCAACAAGUUGUGGAUCUGCAUGGAGUUCUGUGGGGGAGGCUCUCUUCAAGAUGUCUACCAAGUCACCGGGCCCCUGACAGAGCCGCAGAUUGCCUACGUGUGCCGAGAAACACUGCAAGGUCUGACUUAUCUUCAUAACCAGGGGAAGAUCCAUAGAGACAUCAAGGGAGCCAAUGUUCUCCUCAACGACCGCGGGGAAGUCAAGCUGGCGGAUUUCGGAAUCUCAGCUCAGCUCAGCGCCACCUUUGCCCGGAGAAUGUCUUUCAUAGGGACCCCUUACUGGAUGGCCCCAGAGGUGGCGGCAGUGGAACUCAAGGGCGGGUAUAACGAACUGUGCGACGUUUGGUCCGUGGGGAUCACCGCUAUCGAGCUGGCGGAGCUUCAGCCUCCCCUUUUCGACGUACACCCUUUGCGGGUCCUGGUGCUGAUGACGAAAAGUGGCUACCAGCCCCCCAAGCUCAAGGACAAAGCCCGGUGGAGUCAGGCCUUUCACCACUUUGUCAAGGUGACGCUGACCAAGAACCCGAAGAAGCGGCCCACUGCCUCCAAGAUGCUGACCCACCAGCUAGUUUCCCAGGAAAGGCUCAGCCGCAGCCUGACCCUCGAGCUCCUGGAGAAACUGCGCAACCCUGAUAAACUUUCCAGCUGCAGAGGCGAGCCGGAUGAAGAGGAGCAAGAGACACCCCCACCUCCAGUGCCCCGAAGAAUUCGCUCCAGCCAACGGCAGGGCGUGACCUCACCGGGAUGCACCAACUCCAGGGCCCAUGAUUGCAGCCCCACGCUCAGGAACAGGCAGAGUCCGGAGUCCCCGAACUUCACGGUACCUCCUCACCCCUCCCUCCCUGUUCCAAUUGAUACACAGCUAUUGUCCCCUUUGCCCCUCCAAAAGAAAGAAACGGUUCCUUUAUUUCAGGCAUAG